UGUUUUAACAAAAACAGUAUUAUUGUGAAAUCUAUAUAUAUAUAUUGUGAAUUAAAUUCUCUGUUACUGUGGAAAAAAAAAAAUUUCGUUUUAUUUUUUUUGCUUACACUUGAAAAAGAAAAAGUAAGAAAAAUCUAAUUAAAGUGAUAAAUUAUGUCUGAGGAUCAUUUUGACGCAUACGAGCAUUUCAAUUACGAUUAUGAUAAACACAUAUUUAGCGCUCACAGUGGAAAACAAAGAAGCAAACGUGAAGCCAUUCUUCAUACAAAUCAUUUUGAUCCAAGUGGACAUUCUCGAAAGAUCGUUACUAAAUUAAUGAAUUCCGAGCAUAAUAAACGACACGUUGAAAAAAAUAAAUCCUAAAUACAACGCAAAAAAAAAAAAAA